UCUUUUCUCCUCAUUUGCACUUGUUUUCAUUUCAGCUAUUUUCCUUUGUUGGUUGCUUAGGCAAAUUUUCUUCUUCUUCUUCUUUUCUUAAUGCUUGAGGCGAUGACGCUGAUGAUCUGUUAUGGGAGAUGAAAAUAGUUUUUAAUGGACUUCCAUGGCAGCCAAAGCUGUGAACACCCAUAGGCUGCAAAUAGGAUAGAUUGGUAAAAAAUGUUCAAUUUAGAUUGAUUUUAUUGUUGAUAUGCAAGUCUUAUUUAUUUUCAUUUUCCAAUUCUCUUUGAUACUUAGAUUUAACCCAGAAUUCAAAGAUGGUAAUUUUGGUGAAUUAUACCUGUAUUUAGCAGAAUCCAGGUCUAAUUUAGCAGGUCAAAUCAACUAUGUAUGUGAGGAAAAUCCCAGGAAGGGGAUCCAUCAAAAGUUGGUAGCAACAGGAAGCAAAGUUCCUAAUUAUCUAACCUAUCUGCAAAACAAUGUAAAAUUCAAUGUAAACAUGUGAACCAUGAAUUUUAAUCAAAUUUGAACACGGAUUCAAACUUAGGAGGGAGUUCUAUAUUUAUUGAAUUUGGCUUCAAACUUUGACCUUGCUGGAUAUUUUAAUGUCUGCUUUUCCCUGCACUUUUGACAACAGUUGAAUGGCAGUUGUUAUAAUAUUAGCAUAAUCUCUUUAUAUUUAUUGUAUGCAUGACUUUAGCUGUAUUAUUCCCAAGCAGCUAAGUUAUUUUUUUACUAGGCAUUGCCCCAUUUGAAUGGUGCAAGAAGUUUUCUUCUUCAUUUGAUUGGUAGUGGCAUUUAACUAUUCUGGUAAGACAGGCUCUGUGGAAGCUGCAUAUUCUUACUACUAUUGAAGCUUUCAUAGAUUGGACUAAACUGUGGACCAAUUAUGGCUCCUGCUCCCAAAGGUAAAGCUAUUGUGAUUAUGGGUGUAAGUGGUGCUGGCAAAUCCACAAUAGGUGAGAUGCUAGCCAAAGUUUUGAAUUGUAGAUUUCUUGACGCUGAUGAUUUCCACUCACAAUCAAACAAAGCAAAAAUGAACCAAGGCAUUCCUUUGUCAGAUGAAGACCGGCUUCCAUGGCUUGAAAGUCUGCGGGAUGCGUUAAGGGAGAGCUUAGCUGGUGGAGAAACUGUUGUACUUGGCUGUUCAUCUCUGCAGAAGCAAUAUCGAGAAAUUCUUAGAUCUGCUGACCCUAAUUAUAAAUUGGGAAGCUAUAUCAGUACAGUUAAGUUUGUAUUGCUGGAUGCCAAGGCUGAGGUGCUUGCUGAGCGGCUAAAUAAAAGAGCUGCAGAAGGGAAGCAUUUCAUGCCAGCUACUCUCUUGCAAUCACAGUUAGACUUGCUGCAGAUUGACGAAUCUGAAGGAAUAUUCAAAGUUGAUGCUACUUCAAGUCCUCAAGCAAUUGUAAAUGACAUUAGAAGCUUUGAUUUUAUGAUCAACAGCACUUGAACCAUUUUGAGUUUUGACAACAUUUCAUGUGAAGCAAGUAAAUUAACUAAUCAUUUCUCUACUUUGUAUGAUUAACAAAACUAUAUUGGCAGAGGAAAAUAAUUUCCUUUUCUUUUGUUCUC